CCCUUCUCCACUCCCGCUUCUGAUUCUCACCCUAAGAAGUGAUAGCUAGCGAUAGUGCGUGUCCCUAGAGUUGCAGCAAUUGCCGUUUGCCCUUUGUAGGCGUUCUCGCUGCCUCCUUGCUUCAUUCCACACUCACUUUACGAUCCUCACGACCCCUACGAACCCUCCUAAUACGCUAUGACACGAUUACAGCGACAGCUUAUGUCCUCGGACAUGUCUGAACCAUCUGUCUCGCUAUCUUUUGCGAACAAUUUCUGGGGAAAGGAUGAUGCUGGCGUUGGCCCUCUCCUGCAGCGCAUGCAUGACGCAAAGACUACAUGCGAAGAGUUAAAAGCUUUUUAUGCCGCACGAGCGGCGAUUGAGGAUGAAUUUGCCAGGAAGCUUUUGGCACUCUCAAAGAAACCUCUUGGCUCUGUUGAGACAGGAACACUCAAGAUUUCUAUGGAUGUGCUCAGAGCAGAAGUCGAGUCUAUGGGAAAGGCCCACCAAACCACUGCUAACAAGAUGAAAACAGAGUUGGAACAACCUCUGACGGAUUAUUCGGGAGCUUGGCGAGAGCGAAGGAGAAUUGUUCAGGGAACUUGCGAGAAAAUCCUUCAGUUGAAAUCGAAGCAAACCAACCAAGUGAAUAAGACUCGAGAUCGCUACGAACAAGAUUGCUUGAAAAUUAAGGGCUAUCUUGCUCAGGGGCAUAUGGUGAUGGGACAGGAAGAACGUAAGAAUAAGGCUAGGCUAGAGAAAACACAGGCCGCCUUGGUCACCUCAAAUGCCGAGUAUCAGGAGGCGAUCAAGGCAUUGGAAGACACCACUGCUAGGUGGAAUAAAGAGUGGAAACAAGCUUGCGACAAAUUUCAAGAUUUGGAGGAAGAAAGAAUCGACUUUUUAAAGGCUAGUCUAUGGGCUUUUGCCAACCUUGCCUCCACUGUCUGUGUUGACGAUGACCAGUCUUGCGAGAAGGUUCGAGUGUCCUUGGAAGAUUGCGAAGUGGAGAAGGAUAUUACAUCAUUUAUACUGGAUCGUGGGACAGGCCAAGACAUCCCAGGUAGCUGCUGCUAUUUCGUUCCACGCUGUUAUAUCAUUGACCUUUUCUUAGAUGCACCCAAAUAUAUCAAUUUUUGUCGAGGGGACUUAUCGGAUGACGGAGCCUCGGAGACCCAGGAAGAAAAUUAUAGUGUAGCACAAUUCCCCCGCACAGGAAACCCAACAUUUAGAUCUGCUUCACCAAACCCCUCUACAAGCUCCUCAUCUCAGGCUGAACAAGAACCAGAGCAAGCUCCAAACACUGGAUCUCGUGAUAGUGCACGUCGUGAACCGGAAAGAGUUGAGUAUGAGUCGCAGGAUCAAGUGAGUCGUGAUCACGGGCGUCGCGGACACGACCGCCGCUCUGGUCCCGCUCAGAACGCGCCUCACAAUGAAUAUCCUCUUGAUGGGAUGACUAUGUAUUGUCGUCCUGGAAAUAUGAUUUCUGAUAGUGGUUCGGGCGGCAGCCCUAUCGCGCGCCCUCCCAGCAGCCAUGCUUCCGGAAGUGAUUGCUCUAAUCCAACCUCCAUUUCCAGUGGGAGUGAGGCCCCAUUAGUUGCCAGGGGCGGGGGUCAACGGUCUCCAGUGAAACAGCAGCCAGUACAUAGAGAAGAGGAGAAACUUGUCGGGAAACGGAAGAGCGAACAGCGUCGUAUGGAGGCUCAACAACAACCAGAAUCACCUGUUAGGCCCCCGCCGUCGUUGAGAAAUCGCAGCACUUGGUCCCCAGCCCCACAGAGCAACUCGCCUUCAACGAGUUCCAGGCAUCAGCAAGGAUACGAGAGUGGCUCCGCAAAUAGACGGCAGCGUCAAACGCAGCAAAGGCUUGAUGGUGAACACGAUAGCCCCGAACCAAUAGACCCAAGGGCUAGUCUUGCACUUAAUGUCGGUGGGAAUGUAUUUGACGUAGCAGCGCCGGAGAAUGACAAAGGGGGUCUACCUAGGAAAGCUCCGGAGGAGGAUGAGUUGGCUUUGGAUCCUAUAGCUCAGGCGCUAGCGGAGCUCAAGGGCGUGACAAAAGGGUCCGCCCCACCAAGGAAUACUGCAGAUCGGUUCUUUGGGUUAGCAACACCUGCCCCUUCGGCGACACCGGCUCCUGGACCGAACUCGGCUAUAAACGCAGCGCAGCGAGGGACCCCGCCACCAAAUUACGCCCCCAAGACUAGCGCUCUAGGUCUCCCGCCACCCGCCUUCACAUCUCAACAGAUGCAGGAAACUACCCAAAGAUACAUUAACCAACGGGACCAUAUGCUCGACGGCCCCCAGAUGCCUGUGGCUAUGGAAGAAGCGCCAAGUAGGACCGGGUCUGGGCGACAAAGAGCCAGAACAAUGGAAAAUCUACGCGCACAAUCUAGACAAAGCUCUCGCGAGGUAUCCAAUAACCAGCAAGACCACAGAGCGGCCAGCCCAAUUCCUAACAGAAGUGUUAGCCCCCGCCCACAGCUUUAUGGUGAUGAUAGGCAUCGCAGCAGCUCCCCUCAGCCAAUUACAUAUAAUCGUUCGGCGUCCCCCAAUCCUUACACACAAUCCCGUCCCGACAUCUCCAACACAAAUAGGGGCCAGUACACAGCUUAUUCACAGCGUUCUCCUUCACCACUGCCAUCCGGGCAAGAGGUUGCUUUGAAUAAUUAUAGAUCCCAUUCUCCUGCGCCCAGUCACCAUAGCAGACAUGACAGCUAUGGAUCCAGAGGCAGAAGUCAGGCGGGUAGUGUUCGGGGCAGUUAUGAUGGCCAGAGCUCCAGGCAUAGCUAUUACAAUGGCGACAAUGGCAGCCAGGUGGGUGUAGUCGCAACCUAUCAAGGAGGAGGAGGACAAAUUACCCGUCCUAGGAGCAAGAGUGUUGCCGACACCAGUAGGCAAUACAGCCGCGAUGGCAGACCAAUCCUACAUUAUGCGAGAGCCAUGUAUGUUUACCAGGCAGCUAUCCCGGAAGAACUUAGCUUUGCCAAGGGAGAUAUCGUCGCAGUUUUGAGACAGCAGGAUGACGGAUGGUGGGAGGCAGAGAUAGUAGGCAUUCAGGGAAGACCUGGUCUAGUCCCUAGCAACUAUCUUCAAAACUGCUAGCUUGGCUCGUCGGCUCCGGGAUUUGCUGCCUUUUGUGGAAUGUAUUCUCAUUCCCACAGCGUUUGUUACCAAGUGAGGUUAAAACCAACCAAAAAGUACGUACGAUCUCCUUUUUCUUACACCACCAACAGAGCGCUCGUUUGGUCUCUUUUCCUCUCUCCCUCCUUCCACUUCAGCGUUUGGGCACUUAGCGGUGUGAUUCCUUGGCUAUUCCUUCUCCCGCACUUUCCUAUUUUCUCCAUCUUUUUUCUUAGUUCAAAUACCACUACAUCUCGAUUUCC